ACACCUUUUGGGGAAGACCACAGUUCAGCUCGAGCAGCCGCCGCCGCAGCUUCGUCCGGGCGGACAGUUCGACGGAAAAGCGUGGCAGUUGCAAAGCGGAAACGGAAGUGCAGAGCAACUGUUGCUCAUCGUUGUGCGUUCGUGUUUGUGUCUGUGUCUGUGUCGGUUUCGGUUUCAAUUUCGAUUUCGUAAGGUGUGCGUGGGCGAGUGUGUGUGUGGUAGCUGGGUCGGUGUUUGUUUUUUGUGGCAUUGUUGGUGUUGGACAAUUAGCAAAGUUGCUAUAACAGACCGCAUUAUCCAACAAAUUUGAUGAAAAUGGCAAACAUUAAACUCUAAUGCGGCGCGCGGAGUAAAAGUGAGUUGGUCUUCAUAUUUCAAAACGGCAGGCCCUGCAAUGGCCCAACAACAGCGCAGCUGGGACGAAGGAGCUGCCGGCGCAGGAUCCUACGGUCAUCAGCAGUCCUCCCAUCACAAAAUCCAGACUCGGGCUGCCAGCAAUCCCCUGCCCUGCAAAGGCGCCACUCCCAAGCUGCCCAGGCCCUAUGCCACUCAAUCGUCGGGCGGCUAUAAUUACGGAGGAUACGAUACGCCGCGGAGCCCCAAGAUCACGACCACCUUCGCCAACGACAGCUGCGAAGAGGAAAGCAGUUCCACCCCGAGCUCCUACUACCAGACACCCUCCUCCGGGUCCAUUGACGACUCCGGCUCCUUGCUCAGCGGUCGCACCACCGCCCGAAGUCCCAAGUCCCCGUGCCAAUUCGUCUUCGAUGCAGUGAGUCCGAGCCACGGCCGGAAGUUCGAGUACUACGAGCCCAUUUCUCCCGACGACGGGGCUCUGUAUUACGACCCUCCCACCUCGCCCCGGCGGCAGGGCUCCAAGAAGCUAUGCCGGGCCAAGGCGCCACUGGAUCCAGUGCCCCAGCUGACCACCACCGGGGUGGGCGAGAGUGUGGCGGUGGCCAUGGCCAUGGGGAGUGGCAGCUACUCGAAAAAUGGCCAAAACAAGCGGCAGAGGGAUGAGUGGGAGUUGCCAGUUAUCAGCAAGAUCGAGGCUCGUAAUCUGAGUGCCAUGGCGGGAUCAGGGACUGGGUCUGGCAACUACUACGGCCUUAAGCGGGACUCUUGCGUGACGGACUGCACCCAGUUGUCCAUGGAAUCGGGGGAGACCGGUACCCAGCACACAACCAGUACCCUGGUGACCCACACCACCACCAGUUUCAGCUUCACAGAGCCCGAGAUGGACGCGGACCAGAUGCAGGGAAGACCCCAGUCCCAGUCGCAUCGCCAGCGCAGGCAUGCCAUCAACAUCACCUCCAAUCCCGGCUACCAGGUGCUCCACAGCUCUCACUCCACUCUGGAUCGCACCUGCUCGGACAGUGUGGUGUCGCUGCGCUACCGCAAGUCCACCAGUGACCUUACCCAGGAGGCGGAUCACGAGCUCAGCGGCUGUAAGCCUCCUGCCAAGCCAAAGAGGGACCCCCACGUGGAGCACAAGCCGCGGCGCAGGGGCAGCUCCAAGGGCGGUCUUGCCUACCUGGCCAGCCGGCGCAGCUCCAGGGAAUCCAUGAAGAGCGCCUGCUCCAAUGCCUCUAUUGUGUCUAACGAUGAUGUGGGUCCUCUGGCCUUCCAGAGCUCAAAUCGCGGACGACAGCGCAGGACGUCGAACUUUCUUGAGUUGCCAGUUCCCGACCAUGUGCGUCCGCGUGUGUGCUCCCUGCCGGAGAGGCCGUACAAUCCCCGAGCCAGUGAUGACCUUUACCGCCUGCGGCACUUCUCCAUCAGCAAGGGCAACGUCGUCAACUGCGGGGAUUCGAUUAUAUCCCGUCGAUCUCGCAGCAACACCAGUGUGAAUUCCACCAACAGCCGGGCCAGCGAGCGAUCCCCUUUCGAAGGAAGUUGUUGCGGAGCAGGUUACGCGAAUGUGGACUCGCUGCCCGCCUCGCCGGAUGAUUCGGAGAACCUGGAGCCACCGCCGCCGGCCAGAUACCGGGUGGUGAUGCUGGGCGAUGCCGGAGUGGGCAAGACGGCGCUCGUGAAUCAGUUCAUGACCUCGGAAUACAUGCACACCUACGAUGCCAGUUUGGUUUUAGACGACGAGUUUGGCGAGAAGACGGUGAGCGUGCUUCUGGACGACGAGGAGUCCGAUAUGGUAUUUAUCGAUCAUCCCAGCGUCGAGAUGAGUGUGGAGAACUCGCUGUCCACCUAUGAGCCGCAUGGCUGCGUCGUUGUCUUCUCGGUGGUGGAUCGCGGCUCUUUCCGGGUGGCCGAGGAAAUCAUCAAUUAUUUGUGGCAGGAGAACUACACGAAGGACAAGGCCGUCAUCCUAGUCGGCAACAAGGCGGAUCUGGCUCGUGCCCGGCUUAUCACGUCGCAGGAGGGCAAAGCCCUGGCCGCCUCACGCGAUGCCAAAUUUAUUGAGACGUCCAGCGGCAUACAGCACAAUGUCGAUGAGCUGCUGGUGGGGAUAUUGAAGCAGAUGCGGCUGAAGGAGAAGCGGGAGAAGAAGGCCACCGCCUCCAAGAUGAAGACCUCCCGCACCCACAUAUCCCUGCACCUGGCCAAGGAGCUGCUCCAGAAGAUAUGCCUCAGCGACAUAUCCAAGUCGAAGAGCUGCGAAAACCUCCAUGUCCUGUAAAGAUGUUAUCCCGACGAUGAAAAUAUCCGAAAACCAAUCACAUAUGCUGAGACAUCUUUCGACACGGCAUUCCAGUGCGAAAUUUGCUAAAAACGAUGCCACAAUCCUGUGUAUAUUGUGUACAAAAAAAAGAGAAUUUUAUCAAAAGCCAGGCUGCCAGGCGGAAUAUUCCAAAUGCCAUUCAGAUUAGCCCGAAAAAUAAACCAAGAGCGGUUCGGUUCGGCUCCUUUGUUUGGGCUCCGUUUAUUAAAAGUUUAAUGCCGGGUCGCCGAGGCUGGCCUCCUUUUUUAUUCACAUUUUUCUUUUUUUUUUGUUGAUGCUGUUAAAUUUAACAAGUCAUCGGCUGUGGUCAGGCCUCCAGAAUCGGCGAUAAUCCACUUGUUUAUGACGGAUGUUAUGGAUCGUGGUGGCUUAUCAGGGCCAGACGCUCCUCCAUUUGAAUGCCGAAGGCCGGACUGAUAAUCCCCGCGAUCCGAUUCCCAUCCCGAUUCAGAUUCCGCCACAGAUUUCUGGCAUUCUGGCAUUUUUAUGACCCAGGCACGCGUGUGCAGCCUCCAGCCUCCAGCAUCCAGGCCACAAAUCACAAAAUAUAUAACUUAUUUUUACUUUUUAGAUAUAUAUGGUAUAAGUAUUUAGAUGUGUACUUGCGUAUUUAUGUGUUCCACGGCGAAAUAACUUCAAUUCCAAUAAUGUGCUGUCAAUUGAACUUAGAGACGCUUAAGGAGCAGUCCCCAGGCGGCGACAAAAGAAACUUUAUAGAUGUUGAUUUUUGUGUAAAUGAACGAGGGUGUAAAAAAAACAUAAAGAUAUACUAUACAAUAUAUUAUACACUUGCGACCUAAAUAAGUAAGAUUACUGUGUAUGUUAGGAUAUAUGCUGGAAUAUAUAUAUAUUUAUUUAACGCUCCACCUGCUUUGCAAAAGAAAUUCUUCCAAUUGACGAAAUAACUCAUAUCGGAAUGACUGUUUAAUGUUGACUGUUGUUAGUCUAAGCCAAGGAUAAAACUACCAUUUAAUCAAAGUAUUUAACUAUAUAUACAUAUACAUAUAUUGAAUCAGAAUCCUAACGAUAACGAUAUAUAUUAUAUAUUUAUGCAUGUACUUGUGUGGAACUUCUAACACUUCUGAACUCAUACGCUUAUAUUUGAAAAAUAUCUUUACAAAAUGCGAGGGCAAGCGCAAAAACAAACGAAAUGAAAAAUACAAAAAAAAAAUAAGAGUAAAAAUAUAAAAACUAAACUAAAACUAAAUAAAACUCCAACUAUUUUCAUACGCAAACUUACACAUUAGAGGAGAGGAAAUGCUAGAAUUCCGAAUGAAACUGACGGAUUGUCGAGGAGGCUCUCCAGGACGAGGAGCCAGCCAGGGAGGGCUAGGCCAGUAUGUGCACUCAUGUUUGCUUUACCAUUUCCCUCUUUAAAGCCGCCGUCGAGUGCACUCUAUCAUUUUUAACAUUUAACCAAACAAAACAGAAAAGUUUCUCCACGCCGGAAACUUUUAAUUUGCAUCGCCAGCAAAAUGGCAAAAUGGCAAGGGAAUUCGCAGCAUUUCCAUCAGGGCUAUGGCCGUGGCAGUGGCAGUGGCAGUGGCAAUCCGCGACAAGGUCGAGGCUUUAAUUCGAUUUCCCAAUCAAAUCACUGGCAAGCUCAAACCUCAAACUUGAUUUCCAAAAUCGAAUUACAACCUAUCGAAUUAAAAAGCUAUCAAUGCCCACCGAAUUUAUUGUGUAUUAAUGUAAACAUAAAAACAAAUAAGAAAGAACAAACCGUAGUGGAAUAUCGAUUUGAAUAAUAAUUGUUUCCUAAUGAGAUUUUACUGCAGAAUUAACUGGCUUAAAGCGUACCUGUGUCGAGUUAUCCAAGCGAAUACAAUAUAUAGUAUAUAUAUAUUAUAUGUAUAUGUAAAGAUCGAUGUAUAUUUUUCCAAGCUAAGCGGUAGAGGCAAAGAAAACACUCUAAUCCACAAUUGUAUACAAUUUGGCAGCCUUUGUGCCUGUCACUGGGACAUGAAGCUGCAGAAAAAGCAAAUUAAUUAGAGUACACAGAGAUAAAAUCCUAUUUCCUUUGUUUUCGAUGUUUGUAUAACUGCUAUCUUUUCCAAAAACCCUGAGAUCUCAAACCGAUAAAAUAAAGGACAAGGACAGUGUGUAACUGGGUAACAAACUUGCUUAU